GGCGCCCAGUAGGCUGGAGCGACUGUGAAGUAAACAGCUCAGGGGGAGGAGACGGGACCAUGAAAGACUCCAGGUUUACAGCACUGGAAAACAACGUCCUCGUUUUCCUUGGAACAGGCUGGUGAUGCCACCGCCACAGAACCUGCAGAGCCUGUGAUGCCCGCCCUGCACCCAACACCCGGCACAUGAGAUAAUGGCCCAGCAGGCAAAUAUCGGGGAGCUCCUGGCCAUGCUAGACUCCUCAGUGCUAAGUAUGCGGGAGGACGUAACAGCCAUGUUCAAAGAGAACCUCAGUUCCGACAGGGGUCCCAUGCUUGUCAACGCCUUGGUGGAUUAUUACCUGGAAAGCAACUCUCAGUCAGUCCUGGACAUCCUGACGACCUUGCAGGAGCCACAUGAUAAGCACCUCCUGGACAAGAUGAAUGAGUAUGUGGGAAAAGCGACCUCACGCCUGUCCACCCUGGUGCUGCUGGGCCAUGUCGCGAGGCUGCAGCCGCCCUGGAAGCACAAGCUUUCCCAAGCGCCUCUCCUGCCUUCUCUGCUCAAAUGUCUCAAGGUAGACACGGAUGUCGUGGUUCUCACCACGGGCGUCUUAGUGCUGAUAAUCCUGCUGCCCAUGAUCCCGCAGUCUGGGAAACAGCAUCUUCAUGACUUCUUUGAUAUUUUCGGCCGCCUUUCGUCAUGGUGCCUAAAGAAACCCGGCCACGUGACGGAAGUCUACCUGGUCCACCUCCAUGCCAGCGUCUAUGCGCUCUUCCAUCGCCUCUACGGCAUGUACCCCUGCAACUUCGUCUCCUUCCUGCGCUCCCACUACAGCAUGAAGGAGAACUUGGAGACGUUCGAGGAGGUGGUCAAGCCGAUGAUGGAGCAUGUGCGGAUUCACCCGGAGCUAGUGACUGGAUCUAAGGAUCACGAACUGGACCCACGGAGGUGGAAGCGGUUAGAGACGCACGACGUUGUGAUUGAAUGUGCCAAAAUCUCCCUGGACCCCGCUGAAGCCUCCCCUGAAGACGGCUAUUCGGUGUCCCGGUCCUUUACCCGCUUGCCUCACCGCACAGCUGACCCUACUGCCAGUCCUUAUGGUGACACCCCGAAUAGCUAUGGGAGCGCCACUUCCACCCCCCACUCCUCCCGGCUGACAUCAUCCUUCAGUUCUCCAGGGCAGCUACCUCAGACCCUGACUUCCGCAGCCACUCGGCUGGGCACUGAGCCGCCAACGCAAGCCUCUCUCUGGAGCCCUUCGAUGGUCUGUGGCAUGACCACGCCCCCCACGUCUCCUGGAAACGUGCCCCCCGACGCGGCGCACCCGUACAGUAAAGUCUUUGGUACAACGGGUGGAAAAGGAACCCCCCUGGGAACUCCAGCCACCUCCCCUCCUCCAGCCCCGCUUGGCCCUCCGGAUGACUACAUGCACAGUGCCCUCCCUCAGGCUGCAGCCACCCCAUCCAGGAAGGAGGAGAAAGCAGAUGCCGCCCGCCCAUGUCUACAUAGGCAGCAGCACCUUCCCAAUGACCGAGGAACAGAAGAGCUGUCCGGCCACCAGGGGUCUGUGCCGUUGAGUGACCUGCCCGGGUUUCUGGGCGACCUGGCCUCUGAAGAGGACAGUGUGGAAAAGGAUAGAGAGGAAGCGGCCAUCUCCAAGGAGCUUUCUGAGCUGACACCAGCCGAUGCUGAGCCCCUUGUUCCUCGGGGUGGCUUUGACUCACCCUUCUACCCAGACCGAGCACCCGGCUGUCCCCGGAAGGUGCCCUCAGCUGCCUCCUGUGCCCCAAGCUGUAGCGGGAAUCCCGAGGUGCUCAGCUGCUCCCUGGGCCCCGACACACCAAAGCAAGCCUUCACACCCAUCGAGCGGCCCUUCACAGGCUCCCGCGAGCACCCGGCGGCCUCAGAUACCAGCAUCCUCUCCCCCAGCCCAUACCAGGCCUCGCCACCCAGGGGUCUGGGCUUCGGACGGGGGCAGCCUCCCCCCUAUGACCAUCUUUUUGAGGCAGCCCUGCCAAAGACAGCCCAUCACUUCAUCCGUGAGAAGACAGCCCAACUGUCCAAGACGCAGAAAGGAAGCACUGAUGAGGCCCUUGUGCCCCGCAGCUCCCCAGCUGAGGUGCUGGACCGGCUGAUCCAGCAGGGGGCAGACGUGCACAGCAAGGAGCUGAGCAGGCUGUCUCUUCCCACCAAGUCUGUGGACUGGACCCACUUUGGAGGCUCACCGCCCUCGGACGAGAUCCGCACCCUUCGCUCACAGCUGCUCUUACUGCACAACCAGCUGCUCUAUGAGCGCUUCAAGAGGCAGCAGCACGCGCUCCGCAACCGCCGGCUCCUCCGAAAGGUGAUCCGGGCGGCUGCUCUGGAGGAACACAACGCGGCUAUGAAGGACCAGCUGAAGCUGCAGGAGAAGGAGCUGCAGUUGUGGAAGGUGAGUCUGCAGCGGGAGCAGGGCCGGUACAGCCAACUCCAGGAACAGCGCGACACUGUGGUCAGCCACCUGCACAGCCAGAUCCGGCAGCUGCAGCAGGACCGAGAGGACUUCUACAGCCAGAGCCAGGAGCUGCAGACGAAGCUGGAGGACUGCCGGAACAUGAUCUCGGAGCUGCGACUAGAGCUGAAGAAGGCCAACAGCAAAGUGUGUCACACGGAGCUGCAGCUGGCCCAGGUGUCCCAGAAGUUGUCGAACAGCGAGUCUGUGCAGCAGCAGAUGGAGUUUCUGAACCGGCAGCUGCUUGUGCUGGGCGAGGUCAACGAGCUCUACUUGGAGCAGCUGCAGAGCAAACACUCGGACACUGCACAGGAGGUGGAGAUGAUGAAGGCUGCAUAUCGGAAGGAGCUGGAGAAACACCGGAGUCACCUUGCCCAGCAGAGCCAGAGGCUGGAUACCUCCCAGAAACGAGUCCUGGAGCUGGAGUCGCACCUGGCCAAGAAGGACCACUUAUUGGCCGAGCAGAAGAAGUACCUGGAGGACAUCAAAGCCCAGGCCAGGCAGCAGCAGCAGGCCGCAGAGGGCCGCUACGUGGCUCAGAAGAGGAUCACACAGGCCUUCGAACUGGAGAUCCUGGACCUGUACGGCCGGCUAGAGAAGGCUGGGCUGCUGCCACGGCAAGGCCAGGACCCCAUGGAGGCUGCUGAGGUGGCGGAAGAAAGGCUCGACGGCUGCACUGAUGACUGCUUGGGCUCCAUCUCAGGCCACGGGGAAGAGGUGUCCAGCCUCAAUGGGGAGACCAAGGCUUCCCGACCUGGCGGUGGAGGAAACCGGGGUGCUGGUGGCAGCAGCAGUGGCAGCAGCGAGCUCUUGACCCCCGAGAAAGGCCCCGGGUUGAGGGCCGGCCCGCUCGGCGGGCGGUGGGAUAGUGCCGUGGGGGAGUCCCCCAACUUGCCCCCUACCGUGGGCUCGCUUCCCAGCUCCAAGAGCUUCCUGGGCAUGAAGGCGCGUGAAUUGUUUCGCAACAAGAGCGAGAGCCAGUGUGACGAGGGCGGCACAGCGGGCAGCGGUUGUGGUGGCGGUAGUCUUGGCUUCGCAGAGGCCCAGACGACGGCAGAAAUGGGCAGGGACCUGGGAGCGGAGGCUGAACAACUCCAGAGUCCUGAGAGCCCACGGUCGUCUCCCCCAAGCGCAGACAGUACCGGACAGUUUCACAUCAUGGACUAUAAUGAGGCGCAUCAUGAACACAGCUAAGGACCAUGAUUGGUCAGUGCUGACCUGGGUCCAGGUUGCUGGGUGUGUGUGUGCGUGAGGCGAGCAUUCCCACUGUGGGCGCCGUGGCCCAGCCCUCAGGGGAGAUAGAGGGGUCGGUGGUGGAGCUGGCUGGAUGCGGGGCACAGGGGUGGGGGGAUCAUCCCUGGGGACACCUCUCCUGGGCCCCCUCAUCCCCCCGUGGUGCCCGCUUGUCUGAGAGCCAGUUUGCCUUCCUCUGUAGCUUUAUUCCCUCACCCCCACCCCCUAUCCCCGUCCUAUCCUCCCUGGUUGCGUCCUUGAACUGUGCAAUAUGAGGCCAAAUGGAGUCUAAUACACCUCUCCUGAAGCCCCACUAGCUGGGCGAGCUCCCCUCAGCCCAGGUUGGAGCUGGGCAGGUCAGUCUGGCCUCGGUCCUCCCCAAGACAACCCCCCAAUCCUCUCCAGCCUCCUCCAAACCGGCCAUUCCCACGAGAGUCCCCUGCUCUGUGGCUCUGCAGUUCAGCUUCCUGAGAGGCAGCUAGAGGCAGACAGUGACUAGUAUCCCCUGGCGUCCUGGUAGGGGUCGGGCGAGCUGCCUAGAUAGAAACUUCUGUGGCUGGGAGAGCCUGGGUUGGCACUCUGGAGCCACCCCAUCCCCCGUCCCCCGUCCCCACUACCUCUUAUUUAUUGGUGUUCACCCCAGACUCGGGAUGUGGCCGCAUAAAUGCCCGCUGGCCUCCCACUUGAUUCCGCAGCCUCAGGCCCUGCCUGGUACCCUGUGAGCUGCAGCAGGCAGAGGUCCUUCCAGACUGUCAGGGCAGCAACUAUGCUGCCCACUAUGGCCCACAUGUCACAUCCAAUCCUGUUCAAGAAACGAGUCAGGGCCAAGGGGGAUGGUCUUGACAGAUGCGUUUUCAAGGUUUGGUAGGGGCCUGUGGCAGGGCCUGGAUUUAGUGCCCGAUCCAAUCCCUGUUGCUGCCCAAUGUUUGGCAGAGACUGGGGGAGAUAGCAGUGGGACAGGGGCAGCCGUGAACUCGGCUUUCCCCUUUUGUCCGUGCAAUUGAACGGAGAAUUGAGCAUAGAAGGACUGUAAGGUACGAAAUCUCGAGGCACACAGGAACCGUGAGCCAGGCGGAUGUAGGCGUGUGUGUGUCCUGGGCAGCAUCCUAGGCCUCUUUGACCACCAGGGAUGGGUGCCUGCAGCCUUAAUGGGGGUGCCCCAGAUGAUGGGGCCUGCAGUGGACCGCACGUUUAAUUCAGCGUCGUCCAAAGGAAAGCGUCAAGCCAAUCUGUUUCCUGCCCUAGUGUCGGGAUCAAGGGCACUGGGAAGCCUCUUCCUUGUGGAGACCUGGCCCCCAGGUGUCUGAGAUCAGAGGUGGGGACCCAGGCAGCAGGAGGCUGGGCAACUGACAGGUGCAUUCAGUGUUGGUGUGGCCCCUGCCCUGUGGGCUCAGGAGGCCAAGCUGGGACACUGAGCCCAGAGCAGUGUGCUGUGGCUAGGUCCA